GCCGGGCCUGCGCCGCCGCCGCCCCCGACUAUGUCGGCGGCCAAGGAGAACCCGUGCAGGAAAUUCCAGGCCAACAUCUUCAACAAGAGCAAGUGUCAGAACUGCUUCAAGCCCCGCGAGUCGCAUCUGCUCAACGACGAGGACCUGACGCAGGCCAAACCCAUUUAUGGUGGCUGGCUGCUCCUGGCUCCAGAUGGGACUGACUUUGACAACCCAGUACACCGGUCUCGGAAAUGGCAGCGACGGUUCUUCAUCCUUUAUGAGCAUGGCCUCUUGCGCUACGCCCUGGAUGAGAUGCCUACAACCCUCCCACAGGGUACCAUCAACAUGAACCAGUGCUCAGAUGUGGUGGAUGGAGAGGGCCGCACUGGCCAGAAAUUCUCCCUGUGCAUUCUGACACCUGAGAAGGAGCAUUUCAUCAGGGCAGAAACUAAAGAGAUCAUCAGUGGGUGGCUGGAGAUGCUCAUGGUCUAUCCCAGGACUAACAAGCAGAACCAAAAGAAGAAACGGAAAGUGGAGCCACCCACCCCACAGGAACCCGGGCCUGCCAAGGUGGCUGUCACCAGCAACAGCAGCAGCAUCCCCAGUGCAGAAAAAGUCCCCACCACCAAGUCCACGCUCUGGCAGGAAGAAAUGAGGGCCAAGGACCAGCCUGAUGGGAGCAACCUGAGUCCAGCUCAGAGUCCCAGCCAAAGCCACACUUCUUCUGCCAGCUCCCUGCGGGAACCAGGGCUGGAAAGCAAAGAAGAGGAGAGCACCAUGAGUAGCGACCGCAUGGACUGUGGCCGCAAAGUGCGGGUGGAGAGUGGCUACUUCUCACUGGAAAAGACCAAGCAGGACUUGAAGGCUGAGGAGCAGCAGCUGCCUCCGCCACACUCCCCUCCUAGCCCUAGCACCCCAAACAACAGGUACAGUUACCCCAAAUCACCCUCCCAGAAGUUUGGUCAUCCCCUUCACUCCUCAGGUCCUCGAGACCCCAGCCGAAUGGUCUGCAGCAUCUCUCUCAGCUCCCUGGAAGAGGCCAGCCGGCCCUCUGCCAUCGUGGACUCCAGCAGCACAGGGGGGCGGGGGACAGAGAGACUGGGGAGCUCUUUUGCCUUUAAAGCCACCAGGCAGUACGCUGCCCUGGCCGACGUCCCUAAGGCCAUCAGGAUCAGCCACCGAGAAGCCUUCCAGGUGGAGAGAAGGCGACUGGAGCGUAGGACUCGGGCCCGGAGCCCUGGCAGGGAAGAGGUGGCCCGUCUAUUUGGCAACCAGCGGAGAAGGUCCCAGGUAAUUGAGAAAUUUGAGGCAUUGGACAUUGAGAAGGCAGAGCACAUGGAGACAAACCUGUUGGCCGGGCCCUCACCAUCCAGCGACACUCGCCAGGGCCGCAGUGAAAAGAGGGCAUUCCCCAGGAAGCGGGACUUCAUCAGUGAAACCCCCACAGCUCCUCUCUCGGAUGCUUCAACCUCCCCCUUGUCUCCACACCGAAGAGCCAAGUCACUGGACAGGAGGUCCACGGAGUCCUCCAUGACGCCUGACCUGCUGAAUUUCAAGAAAGGCUGGCUGACCAAGCAGUACGAAGAUGGCCAGUGGAAGAAGCACUGGUUUGUCCUGUCUGAUCAGACCCUGAGAUACUACAGAGACUCCGUGGCUGAGGAGGCAGCGGACUUGGAUGGGGAAAUUGAUUUGUCCACAUGUUAUGAUGUCACAGAGUAUCCAGUCCAGAGAAACUAUGGCUUCCAGAUACACACAAAGGAGGGUGAGUUCACCCUGUCAGCCAUGACAUCCGGAAUCCGGCGAAAUUGGAUCCAAACCAUCAUGAAGCACGUGCACCCAACCACCACCCCAGACGUGACCAGUUCAUUGCCUGAGGAAAAGAACAAGAGCAGCUCAACUUUUGAGACUUGCCCAAGGCCAAAUGAAAAGCAAGAGGCAGAGCCAGGGGAGCUGGAUCCAGAGCAGAAGAGGAGCCGCGCUAGGGAGCGAAGGCGAGAGGGCCGCUCCAAGACCUUUGACUGGGCUGAGUUCCGCCCUAUCCAACAGGCCCUGGCUCAGGAGAGGGCCAAUAACAUGGGGCACCCUGAUGCUCGUGAGCCUGGGUACCCCGAGAUGGAGCCGGGUGAGCUAGAGCGGGAACGUGCACGGAGGCGGGAAGAACGCCGCAAGCGCUUUGGGAUGGUGGAUGCUGUGGAUGGAACAAGCAUCGAGGAUGCAGCCCUCCGCAUGGAGGUGGACCGGAGCCCAGGGCUGCCAAUUGCCACGGACCUUAAGACACAAAAUGUCCAUGUGGAAAUUGAGCAGAGGUGGCAUCAGGUGGAGACCACCCCUCUCCGAGAGGAAAAGCAGGUGCCCAUUGCCCCCUUGCACCUAUCCUCUGAGGAUGGAAGUGACCGGCUCUCUACACAUGAACUGACCUCUCUGCUGGAGAAGGAGCUGGAGCAGAGCCAGAGGGAAGCCUCAGACCUUCUGGAACAGAACCGGCUCUUGCAGGACCAGCUGAGGGUGGCACUGGGCCGUGAGCAAAGUGCCCGGGAGGGCUAUGUGCUACAGACUGAAGUGGCCUCCUCCCCGUCGGGUGCCUGGCAGAGGCUCCAUAAAGUCAAUCAAGACCUCCAAAGUGAGCUGGAAGCCCAGUGCCAACGGCAGGAGCUGAUCACACAGCAGAUUCAGACUCUGAAACGUAGCUAUGGGGAGGCCAAGGAUGCAAUCCGGCACCAUGAGGCUGAGAUCCGGAGCCUUCAGGCAAGGCUCAGCAAUGCUGCUGCUGACCUGGCCAUCAAGGAGCAGGUACUCGCCAAGCUCAGGACCGAGCUGAAGCUGGAACAGGACAGGGUUCGUGAACAGCUGGAGGAGCAGCAGCACAGCGAGGCUGCCCUUAGCAGUCAGCUGAGGGCCAGCGAGCAAAAGCUUAAGAGUGCUGAGGCCUUGCUGCUGGAGAAGACGCAGGAGCUUCGAGACUUGGAGACACAGCAGGCGCUGCAGCGAGACCGGCAGAAGGAGGUCCAGAAGCUCCAGGAGCGCAUUGCUGAUCUCAGCCAGCAACUGGGUGCCAGUGAGCAGGCCCAGCGCCUGAUGGAGGAGAAGCUGCAGAGGAACUAUGCACUGCUACUAGAGAGCUGUGAGGAGGAAAAGCAGGCACUGCUGCAAAACCUGAAGGAAGUGGAGGACAAAGCCAUUGCCUAUGAGGACCAGCUACAGGGCCAUGCACAGCAAGUGGAGGCCCUCCAGAAGGAGAAGUUGAGUGCCAAGUGUGAAGGCAGUGAGCAAGUACACCAGCUGGAGGAGCAACUGGAAGCCCGGGAAGCCAGUAUCUGUCAGCUUGCCAAGCACGUGCAGAGCCUCCGUGAUGAGCGAGACCUCAUCAAGCAGCGGUUCCAAGAGCUGAUGGAACAUGUGGCCGCUUCUGAUGGGGACGUGGCUGAGCUUCAGGAAAAGCUGAGGGGAAGAGAGGCUGACUACCAGAGCUUAGAGCACUCACACCGCAGGGUCUCUGGCCAGCUGCAGAGCAUGCGUACUCUUCUGAGAGAGAAGGAAGAAGAGCUAAAGCACAUCAAGGAAGUACAUGAGAGAGUUCUGGAAAAGAAAGAUCAAGACCUCAAUGAGGCUUUGGUUAAAAUGAUUGCAUUAGGGAGCAGCUUAGAGGAGACAGAAAAUAAACUGCAGGCAAAGGAAGAGAUUUUGAGGAAAUAUGCAAAUGAGUCUGCAAAGGAUUUGGAAGAAUCACAGAGUACCCUAGAGGAAACUGAGGAGGACGGUGUUUUGCUCUUGAGCCAGCAGCUACCAGCUGCUGGGGCAACUCUAGGCUUACCACAUGCACAGCUGGACGAUGAGGAUAUAGGAGCUGGCCUAGGGGAAGAAUGUGACAACAGUCCCAGUAGAGAAGAGGGCACAGUGCCCCCAAAGACCAUGGAAGUGAUGGACAGAGAGGGACAUCUGCAGAGCACAGUCAAGCCUGACCAGGGAACACCUGGUGUUAAAAGGCAAAGAAUCCGAUUCUCUACAAUCCAGUGCCAAAGGUAUAUCCACCCCGAGGGGUCUGAGAAGACCUGGACCAGCAGCACGUCCUCAGAUACCAGCCAGGACCGGUCGCCCUCAGAGGAGAGCAUGUCCUCAGAGGCUGCCCCCAGCAUGCUGCCCACAGCUGGAGACUCAGAGACAUACCUUUCCAUCAUCCAUUCGUUGGAGACCAAGCUCUAUGUCACAGAGGAAAAGCUCAAGGAUGUGACCCUGAGGUUAGAAAGUCAGCAGGGCCAGAGCCGAGAGGCACUACUUGCACUACACCACCAGUGGGCUGGCACUGAGGCACAGCUGCGAGAGCAACUCCGUGCCAGCUUACUGCAGGCUGGCUCCCUGGCUUCCCAGCUGGAACAGGAGAGACAGGAAAGGGCCACAAACAUCGGGAACCAUGUUGGGGAGCUAGGGGGCUUUCAGGCAAAAAACAGCCAGGCCCUGUCGUGCUUAGAAAACUGCCGAGAACAGCUAAGGUCUCUGCCAAGGUCUAGUCAGGAUGAGCAAGACACUCGUGCAGCCUCCCUGGCCAGUGUGGAGAGUGCACUCAUGAGCGCCAUCCAGGCCUUGCAGCCCUGCCCAGUCCCUGCAGACAGCCCAGCCCAAGCUGUGGAGGGCAGGGUGGCAGCCCCUCCACAACAGCCCUGCCAGCCUUCACUGAGUGAGGAAGAGCAAGUGAAGUUGCUCUCUGAUCAGAUAGCUCUGGAGGCCUCUCUGAUCAACCAAAUAGCAGACUCUCUUAAGAACACAACCUCAGAUGUGUCUCGUGUUCUCCAUGAGAUUGCUCAGUCAGGAGAAUGGUUGCUGGAGGGAGAAGGUGCCACUGUCUCUCCUAGGGCUUCAGCAGAAGCCUGGGCCAGGAAGGUGCUGGUGGACAGUGAAUUCUGGAUCCAGGUCGAGUCCCUGAGCAACCGUCUGGAGACACUGGGAGGAGAGACAGCCAGCACAUCAGGAGGCGAACAGCAGCAUGUACCCCAAAGCCUAGCUGACACCACAUGGGUCCGGGCAGAGCUCAGCUUUGCCACACAAUCAGUGAGGGAGUCACUGCAUCAUAGGCUGCAGACUGUCCAAGAGACUCUGCAGGGAACUCAGGCAGCCUUACAGCAGCACAAAUGUGCACUGAGGGAAAUCCUAGGUGCCUACCAAACCCCAGACUUUGAGAGAGUGAUACAGCAGGUUUCAGAAGCCCUCAGGCAUCCAGCAGGUGGUGAGGACAAUAUGCACAUAUCCUGGAACCUGAGUCCUUUGGAAAAAAUGCUGAGUCCAGGCACAUCAGAUGGCUCCGAGGAGCCCUUGCAUGUCUCUCACCAGAGCCCCAGGGCCCUUGUUGCUAUUCAAGAAGAGCUUGCCCAGCAGCUGAGAGAGAAGGCCAACAUCCUAGAGGAGAUCUCUGCUGCCUUGCCAGCUCUGCCACCUGCAGAGUCAUUGAGGGAUUGCCAAAAGCUUCUGCAGAAGUCCCAAAAUCUCUCGUACAGUGCUUGCUUGGGAGGCCUUGGUCAGUAUUCUUCGUUAUUGGUUCAAGAUGCAAUUAUUCAGGCUCAAGUGUGCUAUGCAGCCUGUAGAAUUCGAUUAGAGUAUGAAAAGGAGCUCCAGUUUUAUAAGGAGUCUUGGCAGGCUAGGGGGACCUCCUGUCAGGAGCAGGCAAGAGCAAUUGGAGUACUGCAGGAAGAAUACAAAGAAUUGCUCCACAAGCAGAAGAAUGAGUACCUGGAGGUGAUUUCCCUCAUUGAAAGGGAAAAUGCUGAACUUAAAGCCAAGAUGAACCAGUUGGACCAUCAGCAGAGGCAUCUGGAAGAAGUGGAAAGCAAGCACAGUGAGAGCAUGUUUGCUUUACAGGGCAGGUACGAGGAAGAGAUCAGGUGUGUGGUGGAGCAGCUGAACCGCACAGAGAACACACUGCAGGCUGAGCGCAGCCGAGUCCUGAGCCAACUGGAUGCUUCAGUCAGAGAUAAGCAGGACAUGGAGCGACAGCACGUGCAGCAGAUUCAAACACUGGAGGACAGGUUCCAGCUUAAGAUCAAAGAGCUACAGGCCAUCCAUGAGGAAGAGCUGAGGGCUCUGCAGGAGCACUACUCACAGAGCCUUCAACACCUGCAGGAGACCCUCAGCCUAUGCCAGCAGCAGCACCCUAAGGCCCUGCCCACCACCUGCCUCCACUGGCAGCCUGAGUCUGGAGCUGCUCCAUAUCAGGUUGCCGCAAAGGCUGCUGUUGGGGAGGCUGACUCCAUGACAGUGCUUCGGGAGCGCAUCCAAGAGCUGGAAGCCCAAAUGGACGUCAUGCGGGAGGAGCUAGGCCAUAAGGAGCUGGAGGGUGACUCGGCCACACUGCGGGAGAAGUACCAGCGGGACUUUGAGAACCUCAAGGCCACAUGUGAGCGAGGCUUUGCUGCAAUGGAGGAGACGCAUCAGAAGAAGAUUGAAGACCUUCAGAGGCAGCACCAGAGGGAGCUAGAGAAGCUUCGGGAGGAAAAGGACCGCCUCCUGGCUGAGGAGACUGCUGCCACUAUCUCAGCCAUUGAAGCCAUGAAGAAUGCCCACCGGGAGGAGAUGGAGCGUGAGCUGGAGAAGAGCCAGCGGUCUCAAAUCAGCAGUAUCAACUCAGACAUUGAAGCCCUGAGGCGGCAGUACCUGGAGGAGCUGCAGUCGGUGCAGCGGGAGCUGGAGGUCCUCUCAGAGCAGUACUCACAGAAGUGCCUGGAGAAUGCUCACCUGGCCCAGGCACUGGAGGCUGAGCGGCAGGCCCUGCGGCAGUGCCAGCGCGAGAACCAGGAGCUCAACGCCCACAACCAGGAACUGAAUAACCGCCUAGCUGCAGAGAUCACACGGUUACGGACACUACUGACCAGGGACGGCGAUGGGGAGGCUGCUGGGUCACCCCUCACACAGGGCAAAGAUGCCUACGAGCUAGAGGUCUUAUUGCGGGUCAAGGAGUCAGAAAUACAGUAUCUGAAACAGGAGAUCAGCUCUCUCAAGGACGAGCUCCAGACAGCACUUCGGGAUAAAAAGUAUGCUAGUGACAAGUACAAAGACAUUUAUACGGAGCUCAGCAUCGCGAAGGCCAAGGCAGACUGUGAUAUCAGCAGGUUGAGAGAGCAGCUGAAAGCAGCUACAGAAGCACUGGGGGAAAAGUCCCCUGAGAGCACUGCUGUGGCAGGAUAUGACAUAAUGAAAUCUAAAAGCAACCCUGACUUUCUGAAGAAAGACAGAUCCUGUGUCACCCGGCAACUCAGAAAUAUUAGGUCCAAGUCCGUAAUUGAGCAGGUCUCAUGGGAUAACUGACUCGCACCCGCUUCCCGGUCCCCUGUCGUGUAGAGUCUGAAGGAAGGCCUGACAGUGCAGGAACGGCUGAAGCUCUUUGAAUCCAGGGACUUGAAGAAAGACUAGCUGUAUCCCAUGCCACUCAACACACCCCUCCUGGCUGGUGGCAGCACAACCUGAGCGCGGCUUUUUGUCUGUACCUUUAUUUUUAUCAUUGUUGUUGUUAUUGUCAUUAACUGUGGGUAUGGAUACAUGAGAGACUGGUGUAUGGAUUGUCCGCACCAUUCCAACUUCCUCUUGUGUUUAUCACCACUUUCUUUCCAUGAUAUUCUGAGAUUGGUCAAGCUCCAGCAGUGUGGUGAUACAGCACCUGCCCACAUCUGAGUAGAGCCCUUCUCAAUGUCCACUGCAUCCACUGUCAGUAUUAAGGCUCAGCAGCCUGUCAAUAAGCUAGUCCUGUGUCAGAGUGCAGUGUGGAGGUCUGGCCUGCACUCCAGCUCUGCUGCUCACAGCUAAGCACCACCAGGUGGGCACAAUCCCUGUUGGUCAGAGAAGAGCCACCUUGAUGUCCUGGUUUGACCUGUACCAUGGUGCAGGUGAUUUGCCUGCCUGGUUGCUGGAGGAGGCAGCAACCCAGACGGGUGUACAGCCUGUGCACACUGCCUUCUGGCCUGGGAGGAGGACAACAUUUUGUAUUUGCUCCACUAAUGCAGUUUAGAACCACACCGCAGAUAAUCCUGUCUAACUUUCACAACCUGGAAAAUGUGGAAAGCAACCAUUCCUAUUUUUGUUUGUUUUUUAUUAAAUCUUGCACAAAACCCCAGACCCCUUCUCAUUCCUUCCUCCGCUCGUGCUUCCCUUUUCUACAGCAGCAUAAUCCUGUUCUCACUGCUGGGAUUGGUGACCUACUCCCCAGGGUUUCAGACUGAUUGCCAAAAAGGGAUGGAUUCCCUGAGGUAGUCCCCCAAAAGGGCAAAUGGUGCUUGUUUAAAAAAAUCUGAAAAGAAACUGUCAUGUUGCUUUGAAAACGCUGAGAGCAGACCCCUGUGUUAAGUCAAGAGGAAGUCCAGAGGAUGUUGAAACCUGGGGAGAACAGCCAGCAGUACAUGCUUAGGACUGUGAUCAAUCUGAGCUCUGGAAAAUUCCUGUGCAGCAAGUACCUCCAGCAGAGUCUAGUUGAAGUGAACCUGUGCAAAGAAGUUUGCUUUUCUAACAAUCUAAAACUUCUUUUUGCACUGCCCUAGAAUGUUCUGCAGUACUUUCUGAAAGUCUCUUGCAUUGGGACUAUUCUAGUCCUGUAAAAACCAUUGGCAUAGUAAAGGAGUUCCUGUUAUGGAGGAGUGAGGUGGGAGAGUCAGAGGUGCAUACCUGGAGGACUCCACCUCCAUGUCCACUGGCUCCACUUGCAAAGUUUCUACUUUGUGCUAAUUCAUGAGUUGGUUGGAUGGUCUUUGGGUACGUGGAUGCUUUGGGAAUAAAAAGGUAGAAACCCCCUUGCUCAGUUUUUAGAGUAAUGGGCAAAGUCAUCAGGUCUUACCCACCCUAGUGGAUAAAGGACGAAAGCACCGGAGUGGCUGGUUUGCAGCUUGCCUAGCUUGCCCUUCCUGGGAUGUUCUUGGUCCUGCACAGGCUCUGAGCUGCCCCUUGUCAUAAGCUUUUGAGUCCUCACCCACACUAUUGCUUUGUGCUACUUAAUGUUCCAUGUUUUCAGCAGCAAGAACAAGUUAAAUGUUUUAAAAAUAUGCUUUUCAGACACAUCCCCCCCAUGCCGAUUGGCAGCAUUUUGAGAAAUAGCCAUGACCUUUCUGUGUUGUGCUCAGUGGGAACAUGCAGGCAGCUGUGCACUGAAACACUGAUGGGACCUGCUAUGCCUGGUCUCCAGAUGCUAUGAUUUCACCUUGUUCUCUGAGAAUCACUGCAUUCCCUGCUCUAGCAUGGUUUCUUUCUGACCAUCUUUGAUGCCCUAGAGACCCUCUGGCCCUGCUUCCCCUCCCAGGUGCUGCAGGAGAUGGGCUCUAUCUGCCUUCAGACUGCACAGUGAUUUGAAUAAAAGCAGGCUGGCCUACAGGGCAAAAGAGCACUUUAUUUGUUUUCUUUCUCACUUUUCUGUCCCUUGAGGCUGGACCUCAGAACUCCUAGGCAAUAAAUGUGGGUACAGCACUUGGAGGUGAAAGGGAAAGACUGGAGGGACCAGAGAUAGAUGAGUGGACACCUGAGCUCUCAUCACUAUGACUUCUUGGUGAAGGCCCCAUAUUGCCAUGAGACAGUAGGACUUCCUGCCUGACGGCUGGUUUGGUGUGUAUUGUCAUCUGGAAAACACUGUGAACAUGGAGCCGGCAGAUUUUGGGUAUGGUCUGGCUCCUCUGUUAACAAGGGGCUGCUACAAUGCAGCUUCUUAGUGUCACCUGCACCUCAGAACUCAGGCAGUUCUGAGCAGUGUCAGUGGGGUAGCCACUGUUUGGAUUGGGAUGAGUCUGAGCUUCUGCUGUUGGGUACUGUUCUCCAACUGGAGUGAAACAGACAAGAAAGAGAAUAAAGACAUUCUUCUUGUGCUACCAGAUGUAUUCCAGGAGCAGAAGCUGCCUGGUGGCCAUACUGCUACAGGUGCAGGCACAUGUAAUCCACAAAGAGGAAUAAAACAGGAAGAGGAGCAGGUUUGUGCACUGGUAGAUUAAGGUCCUUUGUGAGGCAGCUGCAGGUGGCAGGGUCUGUGCAUAGGGCUGUACUGGUUACUGGGAGUCUUAGGCCACACCCAGUGCAAACAAUCAAUGGCAAGCUUUCCCCACUUCAUAGGAAAAUGUUAAAAUGGAUAUACUACACAGUUUUGCUUCUUUUCCUAUAGAUAUUCAUUGUAUAAUCUGCCAGUACUUGCAAGCAAGCCAGGCUUAAUGGGGGAACCCUUUGACAACUUUUAGUAUGAAUAUCUGUGCAAAUGGCAUUGUCUGCACACCCAUGCAUGCACACAGUAGAGCCAUUUUCUGCUGGUUAGGUUGUUAGCAUGUGUGAUACCCAGUAUUGAGCAGGUGGCAAUGGGCACUGUGGAGGGUACCAGGUGCAGCCCAGAUAUACAUGUGUCUCAGACAGGCUACAGCCCAAAGCUGGCUGUGGGGAGUCUGGAAGAGGCCUGUGCUUAGAUGACUGUACAUCCUGGGAGGCCGAGGAGUGAGUUGGGAACACGUAGAUUUAUCAAGCAAGUGCUAAAGUCAGAGUAGAGGGCUGGGGAUUUAGCUCAGUGGUUCUCUUGCCUGCCUCACAAGCACAAGGUCCUGAGUUCAAUCCCUGGUACCAAAACAAAGUCAGAGUAGAUAUUCAGGAACAUGUAGGUUUAUCAAGCAAGUAAUAAGUCAGAGUAGAUACUCUCAGAUUCAGCAAGCUUAAAGGCAGAAGGGCACCACACAUUGGACGAGAAGCAGCAGACAGAGUAAGAAUCUGCUCAUACAGUUGCCUUGGGUCCAAUGGCCCACUCACUGAUCAACAGUUCCUGCAGGCCAGAUUCAGGAGGAAAGGGAAGUUCAGUUUUUUAAAAAAUGCAGUUGUAAAUCUCAGCGCAUGCCCAGAAGGAAUCCUGAGAGGACCAGGAAGCAAAAUUGGUGUCUUGAAAGCUGUUAAGGAAUGUCUGUACUCCUGUUCACUUCUCCACACAGAGGACACUCACUCUUAUCUACAUGGAUGUGUGCUGGGAAUUAAACAAGGUCUUUUUCAUCACUAGUGCCUGGCUCUGAGGGAGGUAGCUGGGUACCACAUGGCCUACUGCAUCUGUCAGGCGCUGGACCAGGGCCACCUACAUUGGAGUGUACAGGGUCCCAACAGUGUAUCUGCCACACCAGGAAGCAGGCUUUCCCUGGCUUCCAACUAUCCCUAGGUUCCUAAAUACCAGAGCUACAUGAGCAACCCCAGGCCCCAUGCAGCCUAAUGGUAGGGAGGGGGUACAGAGUGUUCAGUGUCCCUGUUCCUGCGCCACUGAGCAUCCAACAGGGACCAUGUGUCCAAUACUUGACACAGUUGAACACAGGAAGAGCCAGCUGGAAGGGAGGCACAGUAACACUGCUGGCUGCAAGCUCUUCAGCAGGAAGAGGGGACAAGCCAACACAGGAAGUGUAUCCACACCUCUCCUUGGCCUGCCACAAAAGAUACCACCCACCCUUUGCAUCUUCUAGGAGUCUCAGGUGUGUUUCUCUGCAAAGGGAGUGACUGCCUUCUCAGUUCCUUCUGACCAGAGCAGGGGAGUCAAUAACAAACCAGUGGCCCAGAGACAGGACAAGCUGCUGGCCAUCUGAGCACACAGAGUGUCGGGUCCUCAGGUGCUCAGAACAGUGUGGCUGCUGUCUUUAAUUUCUUCAAAAUUCCCUGUAUAUUACUCAGAACAAGCAGUGUAAAUAUUACUGACAAUUGACUGUACUUUUAUGAAGUUUUGUGGGUUUUUUAAAACAUACAGGGGAAGACACCUUUGGGUACACAGUGAAUUCUACUCAGCAUCAUAAGUACAUGUUUUGUUUUGUUUGGUACUGGGGAUCGAACUCAGGUCCUUGCGCUUGCACAGCAGGCGGCGAACCCACUGAGCUAAAUCCCCGGCCCAUAAGUACAUGUUUUUAAUGACUAAUGUAUCUUUUUAAAAGCCUUGGGCAUAUAACAGAUGGUUUUAAAGAAUGUAUAGUAUCUAAAACAAUAAUAGUCCCACAUCCAUAGCUUUGCAUUGAAAGUAUUCUAUAACCCCAUCUCAGUGGAGCCACUCAGAGUCCUCAAGGAAAAGCAGGAAAAUGAAGGCAGUAGCUAUGUCUUGAUCAGUCCAUUCUGCACAAUAAUUCCAAGCCUUUUGUUGUGGGGAGGUGUGGUUGAAGUCAGUCUGCUGUCCAAAUCCUUGGUUUCUACAGCUUUUGGGACUCCUCGGAAUUCAGGGCUGUGUUCAGAGCUGUCUGGUUGUAUUGCGUAACUCCAUAGAAAUCGCCAAGCUUUGAAUGCAUCUUAGCAAUAUCUGUUUCUGUGAAAUUGGUGAGGAAACAUUUAGUCACAGAAGAGUUAAGGAUUGGACAAUCCAGUACUUUAGGAUGACCUGGAGGACACUAUUGUGUCCUAUGGUUGUGGCAGUGAGCUGAGGUGGCAGGUUCUGUGGUGAAGCAUGCAGCUCAGAUUCACCAUAAAGAAAUGAAGUGUGGGGAAAUGUAGCUGUCAUUAGAUACAGACAGCCCCUGCACCCUGCCAUGGUCAACAUGCCCUUGGCUCUUUGCCCCUUUAGAAGUUAGUUAUCACAUAUUUAGUUUUAUUUUAGCUAAGAUUAUAAAGAACACUAAAUUCACUAUUGUGUUAUGUUUAUUACAAAACUUCAAAUAAAAUGGAUUUAAAAGGAUUUUAGGAUAUACCUUUAGUAUUAAUGACAGAUCUACUGAUUUAAUGUUAGGAUUCAAAACCAGUUAGGUGAUAAUUAACUCAUGUGGUUUUCCUAAGGUAAUAUUUAUGAAAUGUAAAGUAUCCAAGUGGCUCAACAAUUAGAAUUCUCAGUAAUCUUUCUCACAAAUACACCCUCCUUCUAAUAGGGUGACUCUCUCAAUUUAGCUGUCAAAGACAAAACACUGCCAAACUGCUUGGGGAGCUGGUCCAUGAACAAAGUAAGGUGUAUAGGUGAUUUUUGUCUCCUACAACAAGUCUGAAAAGAAUCUAGAGAACCACUUCCACCGUAGCUAAUCAUUUCAGUAUUCACAUGAUAAAUGUUUAAAGAACAAGCGAAUGUCAUUUUAACUGAUGUUUAAUUGUUUUAAUGCUAAAUGAUCAUGCUCACCAGACUCAAAACUAUGUGCAGUAGAAACCUGAGGCCUAAUGAUCAUGUGCACUGCUUCCCCAGGGUCAGCUCAGGUCUUAGAUCUGAGAGGCUAGAGCAGUCACCUUCCACCAGACACAGCUCUCUGAACUAAGCACCUCAUCCCCACGCACACACAAUUCGACUUUACGCUUCAGACUAAGGCACUUUUUUUCUUACAGAGUUUGUGAUCAAGUAUUCAUUAUAAUUGAAGUGUUACUUUGUCAAAAUAUUUAUUCGUGUGACAUGCUAGAUGCCCAUGGAUGUAGCUGACUAUUUUUAUUUUGUAAAUAUUACCUAACUUUACAUGAAAUACAUCACAAUAAACUAUUUUUGCAUCCUCCUUCA